GCAAAUAUAUACAGAAUUCCAUGAAUAUUUAUAUUAAAUUUGUCAUUUCUUCAAUGAGGUAAAGAAAUUGUGUACUUGAAAAUAGUCAUUACUAAACUCGCUUCGAUCGCUUCGAUAUACUUCGUUGAUAGAAUGGUUGUUUCGUUGUAAAUAUAACUAGUUUUUAAACUGAAUAAAAAAGGGAACAGUGUAUAUAAACUUAUUAAUAAUUCUAAAAGCUUAGACAAAUAUGUCAGUUAAACAAUUUUCUCAGCGUUUAUAUUAUAUUCCAAAACCAUCACGUUGGACAAAAGGACUUGGUGCUGAAUUACCGGAAGAAUAUAAAAAGUUUUGGAAAGAAUGGAAAUUGCAACAACCAAGUCCUGUUCAUUACAUUAAACAAGAAGGUUCUUACAUAAGGGAUGAAACGACGGAAGUAGUACGACCAGUUCAAAAUGUACCACUACCAUUACGAUAUCCUAAAGAAUUUCAUGAAGGUUUAUGGGGCGGAGAAGCUGUAAUUCAAGGUUUCACAAAGAAACACAGAUAUGCUCGUAGACACCCUCGUUUUUGGUUCCCUCUGCUUAAAAAGUCAGUUGUUUAUAGUGAAGUUUUAGAUGAAUACAUGAGUACUGUUGUUACCUAUAGAACUAUCCAUUUAAUUAAUGAACAUUAUGGUUUUGAUCACUAUUUAUUAAAGACUCCUGCUUGUGAUUUAAAAUCUGAGCUUGCAUUAAAAAUAAAACGUAAAAUACUUGUAGCAUUGGCUGAUAAAACAUUGUAUCCAAAUGAUUCUGCUAAAAGAGAAGAAAUUUAUGAUAAAUAUAAAGAUUAUUUAACAGCAUAUACACGAGAGGAAAUUGAAUGGUAUGGUUUAACAUACAAGGAAGCUUGUCACAAGUGGAUAAAACAGAAACAGAAACAACAAUUGCAACAAAUACAGCCUUUAAAAGUAAAAUUUAGAGCUGAAUUAAUUGCAAAACUUAAAGAAGAGGAAGCUAAGGAAGCUGCUGAAAAGUUAGCUGAAUCAACGACUUGGAGCUUAAAGUGGAAUCCUUUUAGUAGUUCAAAACCCGAGUAAUACAUAUAUAUUGUUGCAUCUAAUAAAUAAUGAAAAUAAAGAAAAUUAAUCGUAUAUAAAUCAAACUGAUUUCUUCUAUAUUAAAUACACAUUUUAAACACUGGUAACUUCA